CGUGAGGUUAACGCCGCUUCUCCUGGAAUCUUUGAUGCGAUGAAGGCGAUUUUAGUUUUUGUUUUGAUGCUGGCGUCCGCCGCUCUUGGCAGUGAAGGAAAUGAAGCCUCGACGAAGGCGUCUCAUGAAUUAGGAAUUAUGAACAGGCUCAAAAAUUCAGCCGCCAUCGAAAUUUCAACAGCGGUCGGCACUACAACCUUCGUCAUUGACACUACAACCGGCGCCAUGGAAAGUUCAACCGGCAAAUUGGGAACUUCAACCUCCGCAAUCGAAAUUUCAAAUUCCGCAAGCCACAUUUCAACAUGUGCAAUGAAAACUUCAACCGGUGCCAUGGAAACUUCAACCAGCGCCAUUGAAAUUUCAACCGUCAAAUUCGAAACUACCUCGACCACUGCACCGCCAACCACCUCGACCACUGCACCACCAACCACCUCUACCACUGCACCACCAACCACCUCUACCACUGCACCACCAACCACCUCUACCACUGCACCACCAACUACCUCGGCCACUGCACCGCCAACCACCUCGACCACUGCACCGCCAACCACCUCGACCACUGCACCGCAGGAUGAGCCGCAGGAUGGGCCACAGUUUCGAGGUUCUGAAACGACUGAUCCCUCCUCUGCUGGACACGCGUCCUCCGACUCCGCCCCAAAAGCUCAGACUCCUUCCUUGGGGAAUUUUGCACCUGCACCCGACCAAUCCUUUCCUGAUUCUGAAUUUGAUAAGUUCCAGCCUGGUUCCUCCUAUGGUUCUGACCCUGCCAAGUUCCAGCCAGGUUCUGGUUUUUUUAACUUGUCACAUGACAAGCCUGAGACUACAUCUGGUUUGACAAGACCCAAUCCCGUCGUUGUUGAGACUGCAGUCGCUGUCAAGCUUGACAACAACGAACAUUCGACAACCUUGGCCUCCCAGCGGCCGGUGAUCCAUCGUGCAGUUACAACCACAAACGACCAUCUGCCUGACUACCAGUCAAACCUCGACUCUACUCGUUCGACUGAUGACCUAUCCAAUGUGACUCAUGGCCUGCCCAAUAUAACUUACGACCAACCCAGUGUGACUGAUGAUCUACCCCAGAAGGCUUUCGGCCUACCCCAGAAGACUUUUGACCUACCCCAGAAGACUUUUGACCUACCCCAAAAGACUUUUGACCUACCCCAGAAGACUUUUGACCUACCCCAGAAGACUUUUGACCUACCCCAGAAGACUUUUGACCUACCCCAGAAGACUUUUGACCUACCC